AUGACAAGCCAAAGCUUACAAAUUGAAUAUGUAACAUUAAAAGAUUUUAAAUCAUAUAAAGGAGAGUAUAGAAUUGGACCAUUUGAUAAACACUUUACUGCUAUUGUAGGUCCUAAUGGAUCUGGUAAAUCUAACAUAAUUGAUGGUAUUUUGUUUGUUUUAGGUUAUAAAGCUAAGAAAAUGAGAAAUUCAUCAAUAAGUGCACUUAUUAAUCAUGAAUGUACCUCUUGUAGUGUAACUAUAGAAUUUAAUAAUCUUCAUAUAAUGAGGAUUGCAGAAAAGAAUAAUACAUCUAAGUACUUUAUUAAAGAUACAAACAAAUCUAAUUCUUUUAAAUCAAUACCAUUUGCAAAGUUAUCAACACUUUUAAAAGAAGAGUAUAAUAUUGAUUUAGAUCAUAAUAGAUUUUUAAUAUUACAAGGUGAAAUAGAAUCAAUAGCAAUGAUGGGGUCAAUGGAAUUACUAGCUUAUAUAGAGGAUUGUAUAGGAUCAUCAAAGUACAUUAAAGUAAUUGAAGAAAAUGAAAACAACAUUGUUGAUUGUAAACAGAAAUUAGUGAGAUAUGAAAGUGAAAUUGAGUUUUAUGAGAAUGAUUAUAAGUUUAAGAAGACUAAAAGGGAAGAAAAGAUUGUUGUUUUAAAUAUGAAAAUGACUUUGAAUGAUUUACAGAUGAAAAUUGUUUGUGUUAAAGAAGAACAAGCUAAAAGAGAUUUAGAAUUAUUAAAGGAAGAACAAGAAAAACUAAAAAAUAUCCUUGAAAAUAUUAAUUAUGAAAUCAAACAAAAUCUAGAUUCUGUAGAUGUUAAUAAUAUUUUACAAGUUGAUAAAGAAUUAGAAAAAAGAUAUUAUGAGGAGAGAAUGAAAUAUAAUCAGAUGAUGAGAGCAAGUGAAAUUAAUAAAAAUAAAAUAGAAAUGCUUUUAGAAGAAAUAACUGAAGUUGAAAAUAGUAAGAAAGAGAAGGAUAAUCUUAAAGAUAAGAUAAAGGAGUUUAUGGUAAAUUUAGAAUCUUUUCAAAAGUCAAAAUUAAAAUUAGAAGGAGAAUUAUCAAAUUUAAAUACAAAUAAACAUUCUACACAAUUGAAUGAGUUUAAUAAAACUAAGAAAGAUUUAAAAAAAGAAUUAAUGAUAAUGAUUGAUAAGCAAAACAAAUAUGAAAAGAAUUUAACAGUACAAGAAGAAAAUAUAAAAAGAAAGAAGUUGAUAGAAAUAGAAAUUAAAAAAUUACAAAAUUUAAAAUCUUGUAACAUAACAGAAGAACAAUUAAAUGAUUAUUUAAAAGAUAAAGAAGCUACUUUAAGGGAAAUAAGAAUUAGAAAACAAAACGCAUAUGAAUUUAAGUAUCUUGAAAAUCAAUAUAAGAAAGAAAAAGAAGUUAUAAAUAACAUCAAACAUGUAAAUGGAUAUUUAGGACCCCUUAAAACUUUUAAUAACGUAGAUAAAGAAUAUGAAGUGGCCGUAGAAGCAGCUUGUACUUCAUUAAAUUCAAUUGUUGUUGAGACAUCAAAAAGUGCUGAAGAAAUGAUUAAGAUUAUAAAUUCUAAGAAUCUUCAAAGAACUACUUUUAUUAUAUUAGAUAAAAUAGAUAAAAAGUAUAAUUAUAAUAAGCAACAUGAAGAAUAUUUGCUUUUUAAAAAAAUUAAUUGUGAGGAAAGGUUUGAGCCUUGUUUUUAUUUUGCUUUAAGAGAUACGUUAGUAGUUGAUGAUAUAAAAACAGCACGUUCUUUAGCUUUUGGUAAGAAUAGAAAUAGAGUGGUAACAAAAGAUGGUAAAUUAUUAGAAAAAUCAGGAAUUAUGUCUGGUGGUAAAAAAGUUGGUAAAAUUAAAUCGACUGUUGAAUUAGAAGAGAUUGUUAAAGAUAUACAAAUGAAAUAUGAUAAAGAAAACAGUAUUUAUCAAGAGUAUAAAACAAGUGGAAUUAGAAUUAAAGAAUUAAAGAAAGAAUUGGAUAAAAUUAAAGAGAUAAAUGUUCAAGAGUAUGUUAAUUAUGAAGAAGAAAUUGAAAAAGUAAAAAGUAAAUUACUAAAUUUAGAAAAUAAAUUACCUGAAGAAUUAAAAGAACAUAACAAAAGAUGUAAAGAUUUAGAAAAUGAAUUAUCAAAGAUUAAUAAUUCAAUAUUUGAACUUCAAUUGAAAAUUAGUGAACAUCAAGGAAAAUUAAAUUUAACAAAAAAUCAUAAAAAUCUUAAAAACCUAAAAAAAGAGUAUGAAGAUUUGUUAAAUAAAAAUAAUUUUAGUUGUCAAAUUGAUAAAACAAAAUAUGAAGAAAUAAAAAAGGAAUAUGAAGAAAUGAUUGAUAGAGUUGAUAAACAUAAUAAGGAAAUUAAAGAAUGUAGAGAAAGAAUGGAUAAAUUAGUUAAAGAACAAAUUCAGAUAAAAUACGAUGCUAAUGUACUAAAAAAUAAAAAGAGUGAAGGUAAGAAAGUAUUGAAUAUUUGUGAGAACACUUUAGCAAAAUUAAUAGAGGAAGUAGAAAGAAUAAAAGAAGUUUUAUCUUAUGGAAGUAUAGAUUUUGAAAACAUAUCGAAUAUAGAAGAAAGAAAUAAUUGUAAAAUUAAGAAAUAUGACGUAAUUAAUAAAAGUAAAGAAAUAAAUAUAAAAGAAGUAGUUAAUGAAGUAAAAGAACAAUUUUCUAUGGAAAGUGAUUUAAAAACUUUAAGUGUAAAUUACAUUAAUCAAUAUAACAAUGAAACUAGUGAGUGUAAGAAAUUAUUAAAUGAGAAAUUCAAAGUAACAGAAGAAGAGUUAAUUCAAUCAUUUUGUAAAGAUAGUUAUUUGUUAUAUAAAUCAAUCUUUGUUGAUUUUAUAAAAAGUAAAGAGAAAUUUAAUAAAGUUAAAUCUAAUUUUGAUAGAACGACAUUAAAAUUAAAAGAGUUACAAAAUGAACUUGAAGAAAUUAAAAACAACAGACUCACUGAAUUUCUUAGUGGAUUUAAUAUCAUUAAUAGACAUCUUAAAAAGAUAUUCUCAAAUAUUACUUUUGGUGGGAAUGCUGAAUUAGAUCUUUUAAAUUACUUAGAUCCAUUUAGUGAUGGUUUAUCAUUAAAUGUUCUUCCACCUAAAAAAUCAUGGAAAGCAGUAAGUAGUUUAAGUGGCGGUGAAAAGACACUCUCUUCACUUUCUUUAAUCUUUGCUCUUCAUAAAUAUAAGCCAAGUAGUUUUUAUAUUAUGGAUGAGAUUGAUGCAGCACUUGAUUAUAGAAAUGUUUCAAUAAUUUCUCAAUACGUAUCGAGGAUAUCAAGUCAGUUUAUAAUUAUUAGUCUUAGAAAUGACAUGUUUGAGAAAGCUCAGGUGCUUGUUGGUGUUUAUAAAAACGGAGAUGUGUCAAAAUUUAUAACAUGUGAUGUAAGAAAAAUGAAAAACUAA